AUAAUGAAAAUUUUGAUACUCAAAGCGAAGACUUUCAAGAUGAUGAACUUCAAGAUGAAGGUUUUUGGAUGAAAAAAAAUGGACGAGAUUUUAUAUUAACAGCAGGACAUUGUGCCAAAUCCGUUACUUCACCUCAAUUUUAUUUAGGAAACAUAAAUAAUCUUAUUGGUCCAAUGGUGGAAUAUUCAGUCUCACCAAAUGAUAUGGGUUUUAUCAAAAAAAAACUCAAGAAUCUUUUUUUUGGCGCGAAUAUUCUAAAUAGAGAUCCGACUCGUAUAGGAGCCGUAGAAUACUAUAUUACGGGUAGUUCAGAUAUAACUAGUUGUGCCCAUAGACAAGAGGGUGUCUUUUUAACAUCCUUGGCUGCCAGUUAUGGUGAUAGUGGCGGGUCUAUGUAUCGAGUAAUCGACGAAUCGUUAUCUUUGGUGGUUGCAGUCGGUAUACACAUAGGAAGAAAGAUCACGAACACUUCUUUAGCAGUAGGAGUACCACUACGCAAAGCUUUUGAAGCUG